AAAUUUGUCACCACUUCAUAUCUAACACGACUGCUUCUCAUCGCCUCAAGCUGCGAUGUGAUAGAGAAAAAGCUGCUUGGUAUUUACCAAAUUUUUGCUUCUUCCUGCUCAAUCCUUCCUCUUCCUACCUAAAACCAGAGUGGCCCUUGUAACUACCGGCUGAGUUGCGCGGGCAACAUUACUACAAUACUGAAGAGGUUCUGGCCGGCAAUACGCCCCUUUAAAUCAUCUCUAGGUUUUAUUACCUAAUUGUCGACCAUUUUGAUCGAGAACUGGGAGCUAUGGCAUCUGUACUUCCCCACGACGAAGAGUCGCCGCUGGUUGCCGCUGUUGAAAAUUUGCCGAUUCAAACUCCCAAGAACCACACGAGGGAUAUUCAUAUCUUGAGCGUGGCAUUUCUGUUGAUCUUCCUCGCCUUUGGAGCUGCCCAGAACCUACAGAGUACUGUGAACACUGAGCAGGACUUGGGUACAACUUCGCUCGGUGUAUUAUACACGUCUUUCACUUUUUUCAGUCUGGUUGCUUCUCUCGUGGUUCGGAUGCUCGGGUCAAAGAACGCUUUGGUUAUUGGGACAAGUGGUUAUGUGUUGUACGUCGCUGCGAACUUGAAGCCAAAUUGGUAUACAAUGAUUCCAGCCUCUUUGUAUCUUGGAUUUAGUGCUUCAAUUAUAUGGGUUGGAGAGGGAACGUAUCUUACUUUAGCUGCACGUAGUCAUGCCAGAGCUUACAACUUGCAUGAGGGAGCAGUGAUUGGUGACUUCAAUGGGGAAUUCUGGGCAAUGUUUGCUCUCCACCAGUUUGUUGGAAAUCUCAUUACAUUUUCUUUGCUAAGAGAUGGACAGGGAGGAAGUACAAAAGGCACAACGUUAUUGUUCAUUGUGUUCCUUUGCAUUAUGGCCUUAGGUGUGGUACUUAUGUGCUUACUGAGUCGGACCGGUAAUAAAAAGGAAGAAGGGCAGCUACCAGACGCUGAUGUUGGUGUCCUUUCAUCCUUAAAGUCUUUAUCUAAAUCACUUGCCAUUUCAAUUUCUGAUGUGAGAAUGUUGUUGAUCAUUCCCCUCAUUGCAUAUUCAGGACUACAACAAGCAUUUGUGUGGGCUGAAUUUACUAAGUAUGUUGUAACUCCAGCACUUGGCAUUUCUGGUGUCGGUAGUGCAAUGGCAGCAUAUGGGGCUUUUGAUGGAAUGUGCUCUCUGGCUGCUGGUCGACUUACCUCUGGUCUCACAUCUAUUACAUCAAUUGUUUCUGUUGGAGCUUUUGUUCAGGCAGUGGCUGUUGUCCUGCUUCUGCUAAAUUUGAGGAUAAGCAGCGGGUUCCUGAGUACACUGUACCCACUUUUCUUGGCUGCUUUAUUGGGCAUUGGUGAUGGAGUUUUGAAUACGCAGCUCAGUGCUCUGCUUGGAAUGCUAUUUAAGCAUGACACGGAAGGAGCAUUUGCACAGCUAAAGAUAUGGCAAUGUGCUACAAUUGCUAUCGUGUUCUUUCUAAGCCCUCACAUCUCCUUCCAGGCAGUGCUUGUGAUUAUGCUUGCUUCGCUAAUCUUCUCAUUCGGCUGUUUUCUAUUGGUGACUCUCAAAAUAGCGAAGACAUCUUCCUCUUCCACAGAGUGAAUAAAAUGUCUGCUACAACUCCGAGCGUAAUAGAUCGUCUCAUAUUGUCGUACCUGUGUGCCUGUAAAAUAUAUGACAAUCUUUAUUACAUUUUUCCUUUUGGUGACAUAGCCACAUAAUGUGACUCUAUUUUCUUAAAAAUUACACAUUUUUUCUACAUUACACUGAGUACAAGAAAUGAGCUGCAUUAAUAUCA